AACCCUACCCUCCUUUCUUUUCCAUCUCAAAUCAAAAUCCAUAUUCUUCUCAGUUCAAUUACUCUACCAAAAAAUGUCAGGCCGUGGAAAGGGAGGCAAGGGUUUGGGAAAGGGAGGAGCAAAACGGCACCGUAAAGUUCUCCGUGAUAACAUUCAGGGAAUCACUAAGCCAGCUAUUCGCCGAUUGGCUCGUAGGGGUGGAGUGAAGAGAAUUAGCGGGCUGAUUUAUGAAGAGACGAGAGGAGUUUUGAAGAUAUUUUUGGAAAAUGUGAUUCGUGAUGCUGUUACUUACACUGAGCACGCUAGGAGAAAGACUGUUACUGCAAUGGAUGUUGUUUAUUCGCUGAAGAGACAAGGCAGGACCCUUUAUGGAUUUGGAGGUUGAUUUGUGUAAUUUUAUUUGUGUUUGGGGGGAAAUGGAGUUUAGUUGGUGUUUAAUUUUAGUAUUGUUGAUGAAAGUUAUGAGAUCAUUGUAAUUGAGUUAUUUGUGUUAAUGAAAUGGAUCUCAUUAGUAUUUCAGCUAUAA